CUUGUUUCUUUUAUUCGUAUCAUAGUGUAGCAGCAACUUUCAUUCAAAAUAAUCCCAGGAAGUAGAAAACGUAAGCGACCGGUGUUGCUCGCCCGACCAUUCGACCGGAAAACUACCACCGCAAGCAUGGCGACGUCACCGGCAGAAAACACUGCGACGGUCGAUACUGUGACGGGGUUCAGUGAGCUGAAUGCAGCAGAAAAUCCACAAUCCCAAGAAGGUCGUCCGAAAAGAAGAAAAGAACAAAUGGCCACUGCAAUGUCAGAAACACCGGCUAACUCAAAUUCCGAGUCAGAGCCAGAGUAUGUAAUUAACCAUGCUAAGUACAAUUGGUUUGAAAAGGGUUCUGAUACAAUGGUAGUGAAUUUCUACAUCAAGGAAGUAGACGAGAAUGCACUAAAUGUUAUAUUUGAAGAGGAGAAACUGAUUAUCAAGUUUAAAACUAGAGAUACACAGUUUUUGAAUCUGCAUUCUCCAAGUUCACCAAACACUCUUUUUUCCUGGAAAGUACGAAUGAUGAAAUCUAUUCAUCCAGAACAGUCCAGAUAUCGAGUAACCAGAUCAUUCAUUGACAUUUCUCUAAUCAAACAAGUACCAGAAAAAUGGGGUUCCUUGGAGGCACCUGUCGUUCAUAUUCCAUUUUUGGAACAUGCCUGGGAUCAAAAUGAGAAGCAAGUAUUCAUCAGGUUGAAAAUUGGUCCUGGUAUUCCCCAAGAUGCUAUUGAUAUUGAGGUUACAGAUGAUGAUUGUAAUGUUAAGCUUCAAGAUGGCAGACGGUGGUACUGCAAAUUUUAUCGAGAAGUGAAUAGAUCUUCCUCCUCAGUUACUAUGAGGAAAGACAAGUUAGAAAUCAGAUUGACGAAAAAAACUGUUUGUGAAGAAUGGUCAUCUUUAGAGUGCAAUCCAGUGCAAAAUGAUGAUGAUGAUGAUGACGAUGACAACAGUAGUAGUGUGGUCUAUGGAGCCAGUGGUGGAGCCCCUGAGGAAUCGAGUGCACCACUGGAUGAGAUAUCAGAGUCAGAGCCAGAGUAUGUAAUUAACCAUGCUAAGCACAGUUGGUUUGAAAAGGGUUCUGAUACAAUGGUGGUGAAUAUCUAUAUAAAGGAAGUGAACGAGAAUGCACUACAUGUUAUUUUUGAAGAGGAGAAACUGAUUAUCAAGUUUAAAACUAGAGAUACACAGUUUUUGAAUCUGCGUUCUCCAAGUUCACCAAACACUCUUUUUUCCUGGACAGUACAAAUGAUGAAAUCUAUUCAUCCGGAACAGUCCAGAUAUCGAGUAACCAGAUCAUUUAUUGAAAUCUCCCUUAUCAAACAAGUACCAGAAAGAUGGGGUUCCUUAGAGGCACCUGCCAUUCAUACUGCAGUUCCUGGCAGACAAACUCAAACGGGUAAAUGGACGCCAAUGACAAGAUCAAAGAACCCACUUAAAGGUAAAGAAAACGAUGGUGAUUCAAGCAAGAACUCUGGUCCCUCAUCAUCCGGAUAUGGUUCCUUAGCUAGCACAAGUAGUGGCGAUUCAGGCAGCAGUGCAAUAGACAACAGAUUUCGAGUUACAACUCAUUAUUUGAACAAACCUCAAGAAUUAUCCAAACCAAUGUGUAUGGUGUCCCCAUUGUCCAAGAAUAAAAGUACCAAAGACCUAGAAAUAGUUUGCAAGCAAGGUUUUACUGGGCUGGAUAAUUUAGGAAAUACGUGCUUUAUGAACAGUGUUUUACAAGUGCUAAGCAACACUCGGGAAUUCAAGGACUACUUUUUAGAUUCUAAUCUCAAAGAUGAAAUCAAUCAUGACAAUCCACUUGGUACUGGUGGUCAUCUGGCGCUGUCCUUUGCUGUGCUGAUAAAAAUAUUAUGGUCUGGUAAAUAUCAUUCCUAUGCACCAUCAAAACUCAAGGACAUGAAUCGAAUUAAAAAAAAGCCGUACAUAGAAAGUCAAGACUAUGAUGGAAGACCAGAUGAGUUAAUUGCAUCUGAAGCUUGGCUCAGACACAAGAAAAGAAAUGAUUCCUUUAUAGUGGAUUUAUUACAGGGGCAGUUUAAAUCCAAACUGGUCUGUCCAAAAUGUUCAAAGGUGUCAAUCACAUUUGAUCCAUUUAUGCAUCUAUCUGUACCACUGCCAAAGAAGAAAAGACCCCUCCCAGUUUAUUUUAUGUACAAAGAACCUUACAAGACACCUAGAAAGUACGUUGUGGAAAUCCCACAUGAUGGAAUUGUAGAUGAUGUGAAAUCAAUUAUGAGUGAGAAAACUGGAAUCCCAACUAAAAAUCUGAGAGUUUUUGAAGCAUAUAAAAGUAAGAUUCACAAGAUAUUUACGAGUGGAAUUAGUCUGUGCAAUGUAUCAACAAAUGAUACCCUCAUUGUAGCUGAAGUCUUAUCACCAGAAGUUGCCGGUGAAAGAGUAGUGGAGUUAGCAUUUAUACAGCGAACAAUGCUGCCUCAUCAUCCCAUUACCAAAUGCUGCAACUGUAAAUUUGAGCCGACUGUUGCAGUGAAGCUAAGACGAUGUUCAAAAUGUUACAGAGUGGCAUAUUGUAAUCAGGAGUGUCAAAAACGUCAUUGGCAGAACCAUAAAACAUUGUGUAAACCCAUGCCAGACCCAGUAGGGUUGCCUUUUAUUGUGAGUCUACCAGAGUCUAAAGCCACUUUCUCUAGACUGUGUUCAAUGGUGGAAGGAUUUGCAAAAUAUUCUGUUGAUGUGUUCCAACCACCUGUGAAGGACAGGUCAGAUAGUUCUUCUGAUGGCAGUCGGCCAACAUCAGACUGUGAAUCCGUCAAUAGCGAAACUAGUAAAGACAAUAUGCAAAAAAGCAUUGUACCUGUAGUUGCUGACAUUGGAGACAACAAGCAAACUGGAUCAGAAAUAAUAACAAUGACAGAUGUUGAUAAUAGAGAAGUUACUGAGACUGAUGAUCCAGUAAAGAGUGGUGACUGUAUUUAUUCUGAUGAUGCCUUAGAGAAAGACCAGCAAAGCGAUACCCAACCAGCUGAUCUAGGUGACAGUGCUGGUGAUACUAUAGGUGUUGAACAGCACAGUAAUUUAUGCAAGACUCCAUGUGACAGUCAUGGAGAUGACAAGACACCAUGUGACAGUCAUGGAGAUGACAAGACACCAUGUGACAGUCAUGGAGAUGACAAGACACCAUGUGACAGUCAUGGAGAUGACAAGACGCCAUGUGACAGUCAUGUGGAUGACAAGACGCCAUGUGACAGUCAUGGAGAUGACAAGACACCAUGUGACAGUCAUGGAGAUGACAAGACGCCAUGUGACAGUCAUGUGGAUGACAAGACGCCAUAUCACAGUCAUGUGGAUGACAAGACACCAUGUGACAGUCAUGGAGAUGACAAGACACCAUGUGACAGUCAUGGAGAUGACAAGACACCAUGUGACAGUCAUGAAGAUGACAAGACACCAUGUGACAGUCAUGUGGAUGACAAGACGCCAUGCAAUAGUGGCAAGGAUGAGGUUGAUGGAGCUGUUGCAGCUCCAGGUUCAAGUAAAGACAGUGAAACAGAUUUGAAUUUAUCACAUUUAAAUUUGUCAACCACUGAGGAGACAAGCAAAGUUGAUAUGCAAGAUGGCAAGAAUGAAGCAAAGACAACAGGCAUGGAUGUGACUGAUAGUAGCAAAGCUAUGGCAAAAGCUAUUGUUUCAGGCCAACGUCAAGGAGCAGAUCGUAGCUCACCACUGUUUAUAUCUCAAACCUGUCAACCAGUUUGGACAGAGUCUACCGGGUGA